AUGGCGCCCACAGAAGUGGAUCAGUUUCCUUUCGAACGCAUGUUCGACCUGCAAACCAUCCCGGUUUGUCCCGAUUCCGGCGACAUAGAUGCUGCAGACGACAUAAACGCCGCGGCCAGCGACGAUUACACUUGUAAACCCGGCGGAAAGAGCGGCGAGAAGCGCGGUGAGGCGAACGCGGCGCGGAAGCUGCUGCUCGCGGCGCUUAUGCAAGCUCUCGCGGACUCAGCGGCGGACGACACCGCUACCGCCGCCGCGGACGAGCCGCCUUCGUCGCCGGAAUCCCUGGACGACAAAGAGUUCCUCUCAUCCGUGGCGCUGGCAGCAGGGUCGCGGAAGCGCAAGGCGACGGAGAUCGGGGAGGUCCCCUCCGCGGAUGCGCCUGUCGUGGGCGGAAGCGAGGAAGAGCUUGAGGUGACGCGUCAGCUGCGCCGUGCGAUUGCUGCUGUCAUCCUCCGCGGCAGCGGGGCCGGCGGACCGUGCCCUGCACCAGCUUCUCCCGACGCUCCCUCGCCUCCUGCGGCUGCGUCGCUGCCAAUGGUUACCACUCAUGCCCCCAACCCCGUCGGCAGAUCGAUCGCCCAUGGCCCGCUGCCAAUGCCUUUUCGCCUGCCCAUCGCCAAUGGUGCGGCUCCUGCUGCACCUUCCGAUGCGCCUGCGUUACUAGCAGCCAUGGCCGCGCCAGAAGCACUAGCCUGCAUGAAUUACUAUGACAAUUCAGAUGAUGACAUGAUGGCGGGUUACAGCGGAAUUCCCGGCUGCGGCAGAGGCACCAAUGGGGCGGCGGAUCAUGAUGCGGAUGAUUGGUUGCCGCGCAAUCGUGGGCACAAGGACAGGCAAAUGGAAGGUGGGCGCAUCAAGGCGCGGAGCAUGGCGGAGAGGCAGAGGUGGGAGAGGAUCAGUGAGGGGCUGCAGAAGCUGCGGUUGGUGGUGCGCGGGCAUGGGGACACGGCCUCCAUGCUCGACAAGGCUGUCGCGUAUGUCGACGCCUUGCAGCGCAGAGUGACUGCACUGGAAACUGCCCUGCUGCUGCACCAGCCGUCGUGCAAACGCCCAGAGCGAGUCAUUUCUCCCUCUCUAUUGGCCGAGACAGUUCGCUCGAUGGAGUUCGUGUCGCCGGAGCAGCUGCGGCUCGACGGCCGACGACCCAAAGAGCUACGGCAGCUCAAGUGCGAGCUGGGCGUGCUGCGCUCUGCUGAUGGGUGGGUGACAUGCUGCUCUCUUCGUGCUUUCCCCCCACUUGCCGCUCCCGCCGCCGCAUGCGUGCUUGUCUACCCGCCCCAUGCUUGCCUGCCCGCCCCAUGCAUCUCCGCCCGCCCCAUGCAUCUCCGCCCGCCCCAUGCAUCUCCGCCCGCCCCAUGCAUCUCCGCCCGCCCCAUGCAUCUCCGCCCGCCCCAUGCAUCUCCUCCCGCCCCAUGCUUGUUGCACUCCCUCUUUCGUUUCCUGCUCACCUUUGCCACCUGCAAUAUUCCCUCCACUCCCUCGUUGCUGCCGCAACUUUUCCUCUCCAUCAGUUCUCCCCACGCUCCCGCUCCCGUUUUCCUCCCUCCGCCCCCCCCCCGUUCCCCCCUCCCCCCGUUCCCCCCUCCCCGUCGUGGCCCUUCCCACCCCUCCACCUCGCCCCCCUCCUCUUUAUCCUCCCACGUAACCAACCGGGCGGAUGCCCUCCCUGACAGGGCAGUGGUGCGCUGUGAGUACGGCAUGGCUUCGUUCAGCACAGGGGAGCGACGACGACGGGGGAAGAUGGACCGGUGUGUGUGGGGUGUGGCGUGGGGUGUGUAG